AAGAUGGCGGCGCCGGGCGCGGCGGGCGGGCGCUGAGGCGGCCUGCGGGGGUCGGCGCCUGCUCCGCGCUCCGCCGCUGCGCCGCGGGGCCGGCCGGCCGGUGGGCUUGCUCGCUCGCUGGCUGGCCGGCCGGCCGGGCGGGCCCGCCCCUCGCAUCCCCUCCGCCAUGGCGGCCGAGAGCGGUAGGCAGUUUUGGAAGCGGAGCGCCAAGCUGCCGGGCAGCAUCCAACCUGUCUAUGGAGCACAGCAUCCUCCCCUGGAUCCCAGGCUCACCAAAAACUUCAUCAAGGACCGCUCCAAGGCCAACGCGCUGCCUAUGAAAAGCAAGAAGGCCUCCAGCUUUCACGAGUUUGCCCGUAACACCAGUGAUGCCUGGGACAUUGGCGAUGAUGAAGAUGAGGACUUCACCUCCUCCUCUUCCUCUUUGCAAACUCUGAACUCUAAAGUGGCCAAGGCCACGGCAGCUCAGGUUCUGGAGAACCACAGCAAGCUGCGGGCGAAACCUGAGCGGACCCAGUCGGCUCUCAGCGACGUGCCCACCAACUGCAAGGUCAUCAAGUCCAGCAGUGAGGCCCAGCUCUCCAGGACCUCUGAGGAGGCCUGUGUGAGGACCCCCCUUCAGAAGCAGCAGUCCCUCCCCCUCCGGCCCGUCAUUCCUCUCGUCGCCCGAAUCUCUGACCAAAACGCCUCGGGUGCUCCCCCCAUGACAGUCAGGGAGAAAACCCGCCUGGAGAAGUUUCGGCAGCUCCUUUCCAGCCACAACACAGACCUGGAUGAGCUGAGGAAGUGCAGCUGGCCUGGUGUGCCCAGAGAGGUCCGGCCCGUCACCUGGCGCCUCCUCUCAGGUUAUCUCCCUGCAAACACGGAGCGGCGGAAGCUGACCCUGCAGCGCAAGAGGGAGGAAUACUUUGGCUUCAUCCAGCAGUACUACGAUUCCCGGAACGAGGAGCACCACCAGGACACCUACCGGCAGAUCCACAUUGACAUUCCAAGGACCAACCCACUCAUCCCCCUCUUCCAGCAGCCACUUGUCCAGGAGAUCUUUGAAAGGAUCCUGUUUAUCUGGGCCAUUCGCCACCCGGCCAGUGGCUACGUACAGGGAAUCAACGACCUGGUCACACCCUUCUUUGUUGUGUUCCUCUCUGAGUAUGUUGAGGAAGACGUGGAGAACUUUGACGUGACCAACCUGUCCCAGGAUGUUCUGGGGAGCAUUGAAGCUGACAGCUUCUGGUGCAUGAGCAAGCUGCUGGAUGGGAUACAGGAUAACUACACCUUUGCACAGCCAGGCAUCCAGAAGAAAGUCAAAGCCCUGGAGGAGCUGGUCAGCCGGAUUGAUGAGCAGGUACAUAAUCACUUUAGGAAGUAUGAGGUGGAAUACCUGCAGUUUGCCUUUCGCUGGAUGAACAACCUGCUGAUGAGGGAGCUGCCCCUUCGCUGCACCAUCCGCCUCUGGGACACCUACCAGUCGGAGCCAGAAGGAUUCUCCCAUUUCCACCUCUAUGUCUGUGCAGCCUUCCUGAUCAAGUGGCGGAAGGAGAUCCUAGAUGAGGAAGACUUCCAAGGCCUUCUGAUGUUGUUACAAAACCUGCCCACGAUACACUGGGGCAAUGAAGAGAUUGGACUCCUGCUGGCAGAAGCCUACAGACUCAAGUACAUGUUUGCAGAUGCCCCCAACCAUUACCGCCGAUAGGUGCCAGGACCCUCUGCCCCCUCUGCCCACCCCCUUGGCCUGGCCCAAUCUGAUCACUGUGGCAUUUUUUGUUGUCCCAAGUCCUCGGACGCUCCGGCCCAGAGCUGCUCCUGGCUGUACAAAGCUCACAUGGACUCUUUUGUCUUAACUCUGAACGUUGUGCCUGUCUGCCCCUCCCUGCCUGGGCCCCUCCAGCCACCGCCAGGAUGUCAGGCUGGGCCACCCAGAGAGGCAUGAAGGAGCUGGGGAGGGGGGCACGUGGGAAUCCAGCUUUCCAGACCAUCUGAGCCGAGGAUGAAGCCCUCCUGUCCUCUCCACCCCUUCUUGUCCAGCUGGGACCACCUUGGCUUCGCUGCCUCGUGUUCACCUGCUGCCCUGGGCUGCCCCCUCCUCGCUUCCCACACCCUUCACUCCGACUCCCAGAUGAAAAUGCCUUAUCUGAGACCCUCCUGGCUGGAAAAAAAACCCCAACCUCCCCCCCUCCCUGAGGGCAGCAGGGCAAGAAGUUUCUCUCAGGGCCUAACUUCACUCCCAGGGUCUGGAGACCCCCCUACACCCCUCCCCUGUCAGCACUUUGUGGGUUUGGGAGAGAACCUCUCACGCUGCCCCUCUCUCCUCUCCAUCCUCUUCCCCCCCUCUUCUCCCCCAGGGUGGGCACUGCUCCCCCCAGCCCUGCUUGGGGUGAUUCACUCCAGCUUGACAAGGACUUGUGGUGACUGCUGUUCCUGCAGCCCCUCCAGCUGGGGAGGGGGAUGCAAGGGGAUGAGGGGGGGGGGGAGGCUGCAUCUCCCAAAAAAUCCCCUUGCAAAGCCCCCCCCCACCCCCCAGCUCCUCUGAGGCGUUCUGUGUAUAUUGUGUUCUUGUGUAUAUGGGUCAGAGAUGUACAAUAUACGUCUUCUGUUUGUAGCAGAUAA